CCAAGCAGAGACAGAUCAAAUGCUUUGGGUGGAAACAAAACCCAGCUCCGACUGACAGCAGACUCAGUGCGACGAUCCCCACGUCACUCUGAGCAUGUCCCUGGAGCCCCUCAGAGCCCGCCAGGGUCCUGCCCGCCGGCCAGCCGGGUCUGCAGGGACAGAUGGGGAACACGUCCAACACCUCAGUGUUCACCUCCACCUUAUCGGAGACAGAAGAUCUGAUUUUUGGCACUCUCUAUUUGAUCUUUGGCGUCCUGUCCCUGUCUGGGAACUCACUGCUGCUGCUGGUGGCCCAUCAGAAGAGGUCCCUGCUGAAACCUGCCGAGCUCUUCAUCGUCAACCUGGCCAUCAGUGACCUGAGCAUGACGGUGACGCUCUUCCCGCUGGCCACCGCGUCCUUCUUUGCUCACAGGUGGCUCUUCGAGCAGGCGGUGUGCACGCUGUACGCCUUCUGCGGGCUCCUGCUCGGGCUGGGCAGCCUGGGCAGCCUGGCGGCGCUCAGCGCGGUCUGCUGCCUCAAGGUGUGCUACCCGGCCUACGGGAGCAGGUUCUCGCGGGGCCACGCCGCGGGGCUGCUGCUGGCCCUGUGGCUGUACGCCCUGGCCUUCGCCGGCGCGCCGCUGGCCCGCUGGGGCAGCUACGGCCCCGAGCCCUACGGGACAGCCUGCUGCCUCUCCUGGGAGGCCUCCGGCCGCGCCGCCACGCUCUACAUCCUCGCCCUCCUCAUCUGCUGCUACCUGCUGCCCUGCCUGCUCAUCCUGGCCUCCUACGCGCUCAUCCUCUGGACGGUGUGGGCCUCGCGGAGAGCCGUGAGGCAGCACACGUGCCCCCGGCGCGGGGCCCGCGGCCCACACGGGCUGCUGCUCAGGCUGAGCAUGGCCGUGUGCCUGGGGUUCCUGGCUGCCUGGACUCCCUACGCCGUGCUGGCGCUGUGGGCGCUGCUCGGGGACACCAGCCAGCUGCCAGCGCUGGCCUUCGUGCUCCCAGCUGUCCUUGCCAAGUCCUCGACGCUCUACAACCCGCUGGUGUACCUGCUGCUCAAGCCCAGCUUCCACGAGCUCCUGGCCAAGGACAGGGCGCCGCUGCAGGCCCUGCUCACCCUCCUGUGCUGCGGCUGCCGGGGCACCGCGCUCCAGCCGCUCCCGGCCGCGGGCUGCAGGGGCUGCAGGGAGGUUUUUGAGGGCUCCAGCGGCUGCCCCAGGUGCCACGCUCCUGCCCAGCUGCCCGGCGGGGCCGCGGGGCAGCCGGGGCUCGGCAGGACGGUGCAGCUGGUGGUGCUGCUCGCACGGAGCCGGUCAGGCCCGGGCACUGCCAGCGUGGCACGGGAGGCCCUGCCCUCGGCCACGGCCAAGGAGCUGCUCUGAGCCCAGCCCUGCCCAGCUGUGUCCAGCAGAGCGCUGGAACACAAACCCAAACGCAGCAUCCUCUCACCCCGUGCCCCGCGGGGCCCGACGUUCCACACCCGCAGUGACCAGAUGUCAGACCAACCCCUCCGAAGUGACAUGAAGACGUCAGACCAACCCCUGGCUCCUGCAGCUCCGAGCCUGGUGUUUGCACUCGCAAGAACAAGAACAAAACCAGACCCCAGUGCCUGAGAUGUGCCCAGGGUGCAGCCCAGGUUACAGCCUCUCCUGCACUUUGCUCUCUGGGCCCUUGGCCUUUGUUUUUCCAACCUGGUGCUCUGAUGGCCAAGUAGGAACUUGGUUGUCUUAAAAAUCGUGCCUGGCAGGGCGGGCUGGGGGCCAGGAGGCCCCAAGGGGAAUCUACCUCCAGUGCCAGCUCCUGCAGCCCCCACUGCCACCUCCUGUCCUGCUGGGGAGGGCACCGUCCACACAGCUACCUCACCUGGGGUGAGGAAGCACCUGGUGCAGAGCCACCCACAGCAUAACCCCACCUGGAAA